AUGACACCAACAAUAAAUGCCACGCAUCCCGAGCAUCCGACAUGUGUCCGCACUGUGUUGCAUACCCGAGGCAAGCCAGCCCUUCUAUGGGGAGUUAGGGGACUCACCAGGCUGACCGAGCACUCGGCCACUGCCGACCGACCAGAAAAAUGCUCGCCUCUCCACUCAACUAUUGCACACCUUGACUCUUCCAAGAUGUUUCCCAAAUCGGACAGCUCGGUAAAAAAACAGACAACUCCCCACCCAAGGGAACUUUCCCGAAGAGUUGGGGGACUUGUUGACGCUCGGUAUUUACGGAGCCAAGCUGCCCGCUUAGAACAGUGUUAA